AUGUCGAUGUGUCUUUCGAACCAUUUGGAACGCCACUAUAUGCGGCCGCCUCUUAAGGGUUUUAUGCUGUUGCAGAAGUCCUUAUUUCAAAAGGUGCUAAUGUCAAUUACACCAGCGAAGACGACGGUUCGCAGUGAUUAUGGCACCGAAGUUGGCAAGGUUGAGCUUUUGGCCCUCGUCAAGUUAUUGUUAGAGAGCGGGGCGCACCCCGACACGGCCACGCCUGAAGGCGUUACUCCACUCAACUUCUCUAUAGCAAAAGGAGAUGUUUCUCUGGUCAAACUGCUGCUGAAACACGUUGCAGAUAUCAAUACUCCCAAUGGGAUUGGUAUGACCCCUCUAUUCCGAGCAAUACAAGAUGGCUCAGAAGAUAUAUUCCAAGCCUUUCUGUUUGCAAAUCCAAAUCUCUCUACCAGAUGCCUGAAUAACAGUACACUCCUCCAUGCCGCGGCUCGGGGUGAGAACGACACUAUCCUUUCUACUCUUCUUCAAAAACUGAAUGCCCAUCGGGACAAAGACGUAGAGGAGUCUUCAAUCAGUGUUGACACAACAGACGACGCAGGGGAAGCACCCCUACAUGUUGCAGCGGAAAGAGGAUGUGUAAAGGUUGCGAGAACUUUGCUGACACAUGGUGCAAAUAUCGACUUGAGGGAUAAUGCAUAUGUGACCCCGUUGAUAGAAGCCAUGUCACAUGAGCGUGAGGACAUGGUGAACUUCCUGAAAUCACAGGGCGCUAAUCUCUCUAUUGUCCAUGAAUUUCGGUUCCUCAAGAUGGUUGAUGAUCCAGGGAAAAGAGCCAUUCUCUAUAUUAGCCUUUUGCAGGGACUUUCCUAG